UUUCAGAAAACGCAGGCACCCCUUCGUCUCCGUCACCGACGGUUGAACCCAGCGGCCCAGCCCCAGCCUCCCAGGUGAUGAUGCGCUGCUCUCGCGGGCUCAGCCUCAGCCUCUUUUCCUUCGCGUGCGGAGAUGCGAGGAACGAACAAAAAGGAAAACCGAAGAUGGGCGGCGGCGCGGCGGCGUUGGUGUCAGACUGUCAGGACUCAGGAAGCCGAGCGCGCGUCGCGCUCGCAUAGCCUCUGGGGUCUUGUACACGAUGACCCCGUAUGCGAGGCGACGCAGGAUCAUCGGAUGUAAAUGGGAACCUAGAUGUUACUGGGUGAUGGACUAGCUGGGUCGUGGUCUGAUGCUGACCGGGUCAGUUUUGCUGCUGAUGGAAACCUAGAUGCGUUUGCUGAUGGAAACUUAUGGUUUUAAGCGGUGGGGUGCUUUACUGGCCUAUGAGUUUUUUGAAUGUUGUACCAGGAAGCCAAGCUUGUUACAUCCGCUGGAUCAGAUCCCAAAGGAACGGACAUGAAGAAAUAAUGGGAUGUGCCCCUUCUAUCUCCUUAGGAAAAAUUAGCCUCAAAGGCACAUUCCAGAUUUGCUUUUGAAGAAGUGGUUCUGCACAUCGAGGAAAAAUUGUGUCAGUCAUUUUUUUUUGCUAAUUAUAGUAGUGGAAUUUUUAAUAAAUAUGUCAAAUAUUUUUCAUAGCUACCUGCUGACACAAGUGAACAAACUGUUUGUUUCUGGCUUUGGUGUAUCACUUGGCUACAAAGAAAGGCUUCACUGGUUCAAGGGCUGAGUUUAUACGAGGCAGUGUCAGCUAUCAGGUUUACCCAUGGCUUGUGCAGUUAAUUAACCCCCCAACAUUUAAACUUUUGAUCCCCAACAUGAUCUUUAGAUACUUGAAAUCUAUCACUAUGGAUUAAGGAAAGAAAAUUGACACAAAGUCAACAUGUCAUAGCUUGCAAACGGCUAUCACUUACACGUUAGCAGUAUCUCCAAGAAUACUUUGCUGGAUUUUUUUCAAGAGGGUCGAAUAUUGCGAUAUCUUGACGCCGAUAAAUGUUGUCAUCAUACAGCAUAGAUGAUAUUGGGUGUAUAAAUGUAUGCAGCACUAAAGAUUAUUCUCAUUAUUAACUAGUGCAUUACAGUAAUGUUAAACCCAGUUUUUAUUCCUGAAAUGUAAUUGAGAAAUAAAUGCAUAAUCCUUGUGCGAUAUGGCUGGAUAUCAUUGUAAGCAUGCUCGGCACAGUUUGGACCCUAUAUAUUCCCUUUAAGGCUCAACUUUCUUUGACAUAACAAAACCUCAAAGCUUUCGCUCUUUGCCAAUACUUGGAAGAUUAGAUCCUUGCUCAUGGAAAAGCGCUAGGUGGUUGUGUUGUUCUGAUCCCGAAUUUUUAUUUGAGGAUGAGCAAUCUGAAUCAAAGGUAAGGGAAAUGAUGAUUUCUUUUUCUUUGCUUAGCUUAUUUCGUGCUCAUGCAAAUCUCAGCUAUCUGUUCCGAUUGGAUUGGCUAUACACUUACAUAUUACCUUUACAACAGGGGGAAGGACUUCUUGGAAGUUAUGGAUCCAAAGAAUACUCAAGAGUGGACAUCCUGUGAAGAAGAGGAGUUCAAGGCACAUUUUGCCGAGUUGUGGUAUGAAAAAUCAUGUGACAGGAUGGAAGCACUUGCAAAGAGGUUCCCUGCAAAGUCUAUUCAGCAGUUGAGGGAUAAAUAUGCUGAGGUCUUCGCGGAUAUGCUCUGUGGUGAGACAGAUGGUGAACCAAGCAGAGAUGAUGCAACUGUUGAUUGGGAUGAUUGGUGCAAACUUUUAGAAGGAGAGACACGGGACUUGGUUAUGGACCCAUUAGUUGAGACAUCUUUAUUUGAACCUUCCAAACAAUUGUUAUUCGGACCAGCUGGGGAUCAGGAGGAAAUACAAAAGUCACACUGCAAGUUAUCACGGAAGAGGAAACAGUAUUGGACUGCUGAGGAACACAGGGAUUUUCUACAUGGUGUGAAUUGCCUGGGACGAGGUGCGUGGAAAUUCAUCUCCGAGUAUUUCGUCCCUUCCAGGACCCCAGCGCAGCUAGCAAGCCAUGCUCAGAAGUACUUCGACAGAAUAGAGAAGAAUGAGCUAGAUGACACGAGGCAGAGGCAUAGCAUCAAUGAUGUCAGGCUUGUCAACCAUGGUAUGAACAUUUCUGGCCACUCCUGUACUGCCCCAGGGAAGGGGAAAGGAAUUGCAUCAAGCAUCCCGCCAAUAAUCCUAACUGAGGACAUAGAUAUUCUGCCGAGUCUGGCACAGGGAAUGCCUGAAUUUGGGCAAGCGAGUAACAGUCCAAGCAACUUAGCAGAACAGAUGACACAUGACAAUCAUAUAUCAGAGAGUUUCCAGUUGGAAGUUUCAGGCAUCCCAUCACCAAGAGUGCAGGGGAGUGUUAUGCUUGAUCAAUCCAGGGAAGAAAAUAGGGCCUACCCCAGCCGCAAGAGAAGCAUUGGCGCAGCCACCAACAGGAGGUGCGAGAAGAAAAGAAUGCUCCCUGGUGUCCUGACUGCCCAAACCCCACAAGCUCUGCAAUUUGGGCAAGGAAGCAAUGGCACAGCCAAUUUAUCAUACGAGAUAGUGCCCAUCAAGCGGCACAAUUUACACCAAAACGUGCCACCAUUCUGAAGCUUGGUGGAAGCCCUCCUGUUAGAGCAAAUAUGCUUUGAUUUGCACUUCCAGGUGGGUUAUAUGUGUAAUGUUGAUGCAGUGACAGGCUGAACUAGUAUAAUUGCCUGCCUUCAUAAUAACGAAGCUGUGUUUGGCUUCACCAGCAUCUGGCCCAUGAUGUGAUACGGAAACCAGUUAAUGUUUGCCUUUGGUAUAAUUAUUAUGUUCUGUGAACUUAAUCUAUCUACCAGUACUUUGUUUGAGAUAUAA